GAAAUACCAGCAGUUGAGUCACAUGACCUAAACAUCACCGCGAAUCGUUUGAGUUCGUGCUAGAGAAUCAGAAAAGAGAAUGACAGCCCAGUGUAAACCUUUAGAAACGCAUGAACUAUAUAUGACACCUGGAACAAGAGAUAAAGGUAACAGGCUUCUAUCCGCUUUGACCGUUUUUAAGAGUGAAUUAUAAUAAUCUGACGGUUACUGGAUGAUUGUUAGGAAUCCUAACCGGUCGCUAUGGAAACUGGGCUAACAAAAACUGACGAGUCUUCCUAAAACAGUGAGUUGCCAUGCAGUUAAAUGUAAAAAAAUAUUUUUAAUAUACAUUUUUUGUUAUUAGAUGACUUUCGUUUUUUGCAUUUUGUCAGAUUUGGUCUGCAUUGUAAUUUUUAACAUAAAGCAGAAGAAACUACUAGCAGUUACGUUUUAGCAGUCGAGUUUAGUUGUCGAUUUAGGAUGAGCAUCGUGUUCGCUCGCCUCCUCAGAUAAAAUCAAUACCCCAUUAGAAUAAAAUGAAAAGAGGCAAUCAGAAUCGCAAACAGUCACAAACGACAGGAUCCAAAUGUUCCAAGAGCCUCCAGAAAAAAUCUGUGACCCCUAACACCAUCUCAUUGUCGGAGACUGAGGAUGGAGGUCCUAGAGAAGAUCCCAGCGAUGAUGACAAAAGAAAAUAUAAGGGGACAAGAUACAUCACAGAAGACUUGAUCAGGAGAUUGACUAAAUGUGAAAAUUUAGUCCUUGUGCGUACUCUGGAUCUGUCUACAUCUAGGGGAAGUGACAAACAAUUUAGGUAUAUUGAACAUUUAGACAAGUGCGAGCACCUGCAGGUUCUCAAUCUCAAUAACAACAGGAUUGAGAGAAUUGAGAAACUAGAGAAAUUAUGUCAAUUACAGGAACUCCACCUUUCCAGUAACAGGAUACAAAAAAUUGAAGGCCUAGAGCACAUGACAAAACUUCAGGUUCUAAAUUUGGCCUUCAACAACAUUGAACAUCUUCCAGUCUGGAUGGCAAAGAAGCUCAAAUCCCUUCAGACCAUAAACCUACACAGCAACAAGAUAUUCUCUCUUCAUGAGAUGGCUAAACUAAAGCCUCUGAAGAACCUGACGAGUCUGACAUUAGCAGAAAACCCUGUCUCCAGCCUGCCCCAUUAUCACCUAUUCCUAAUCUUUCAUCUGAGGUCACUGGAAAUACUUGAUGGGCAACCAAUCAGUCCACAGGAAAGAGAGCAAGCACAUCAACGCUUUCACAUGGAGGAAGUGGAGCGUUUGGAGCAAGAGCUGGAGUUGAGAGCUGAGGAGACUGCACAGCUUCAGAGAGAGCGGACCGCAGCACUGGAAGAACUGGAGCGGCAGGAAACAGUAAACCAAAGCCUGAGACACCAGAAUCUGAAACAACAGCGGGGUCACAAGGAACUCAGGAGUGAGCUGGACACCAAAUCUGAACUGCUGAAGCAGAAAACAGUGGAGUUGACCCAGGCCUGUCAAAAACACUAUGAGCUCGAGCAGGAGUUGGCUUUUCACAAAAUAGAUAUCAAGUUUGAACCUCUUCUAUUUUAUCCAGAUCCUGAGGUGGAGGUAGGGAACCUUUCUAGCGAGAGUCCCUACUUAGGAAAGUCUUGUCAGAAGAGGAACAUCACAUUCCCAAUGCAGACAGAGAGCAUGGGUGCACAAGACCAGCAGCAGCCAGCCUCAGUGGACCUGACAGAGACAGACUGCCCCAGAGAACAUGACAUGUCCAGACAUGCGCAGCUCAGAGCUGAAGUGCGAUUACGGCAAUUACUUACAGAAAUUGAGGUGAGAGAGCAGCAGAUCCUUAGAGCCAGUGAGGAGCUCCAGCAGCUAGAGGAGACAGUUUCUCAGAGACAGAUCCGUGAGGCUGAGAAGGAGCAGCUCAGGCAAGAGCUUCAGAGGAGGAUACAGAGACUAGGAGAGCUAAGAGGAGAGAUGGAGGCCGUAGAGAGGCAGCUGGACACACUGAAUGCUGAGAGGAAUCAAGCCCAGAAUGAAAUGGACCAGCUGCAUAAUCUACUGCACAGCCUGGAUCCUAGUGACCCCAGACAUGCCCAUGUGAAGGCUCAGUUGUCCAAAAAGACACAGCUACUGGCCAUCAUGAGCAGAAAGCACCAGGAACUGGAGAGCAGGCUGGAUGAUAUGAUCACACGCAUCCACAAGGAAACGCAGGAGAUCAAAGAACUAGAGCAACAGCUUACUGAUGGUCAGAUAGCUGCUAAUGAAGCACUUAAGCGUGACCUGGAGGGCAUCAUCUCAGGUCUCCAGGAGUAUCUGCAGGGGAUGAAGGAACAAGCACGAAGAGCGCAGUCAGAUUGCAGGCGCCUGCAAAGGGAGAAAGAUGCUCUGCAGCACCUCCUAUGUGAGAAGGAGCUUCAGUGUACACAGCUGGAGAAAGAUGCUCGGAGUGCUGAAAACACACAGGAGGAGCUGCAGCAUCAGCAGCAGGAGUUGGAGGAUCUGAGGAAGGAGAACAAAGAGCUGAAGCAAGCUCAGGGUCAGGUUAGUGAAUAUGAGGCAGAGCUGGAGACCCAACUGCAGGAGAGAAAUACUGAGGCCACACAACUGAGGGAGGAGCUGAGCAGACUGCGUCGACUCAGUCAAAUGGAGCACUCUGCACUGCAGGCGGAGCUGCAGAAAGAAAGACAGGCAAAGGAGAAUGCUUUGGCAAAGAUGCACAUGGCUGCCGACAGAGAGCUUGAGAACACAGAGCUUCUGCAACAAGUCAACACUCUCCAGGAGGAGAGAGACCGUUUUAAGGAGAAGGUGGAUGCUCUUCAGGGUGAUUUAGAGCAAGUUAGGGAGGAGCUGAUUUGCCCUGAGAAAGUGGCUAAACAUUUAGGAGAGCUGAUAAGAGCCAUAGCUACAGGACAAGAGGAACUAAGUUGCAGCUUUGAAGACCUCGGGGAACCAGUGAACAAGAAAUGUAUAGAGCUACAACAGGAGGUGCGUUGUGUAGUAUCUGCUGCUCAGAGAGAUAGAGACGAGGCCCAGCAUUGCCAGGACAGACUCGCUGGAGAGAUGAGUUCGCUCAAAGAGAGACUUAGGAAGUACCAAGAGAGAUACCAGACUCAGCGGGCAACAGAGAAGUGUGAUGAGGAGGCAGAGCUCCAUAGGUUAAGGGAGGAGCUGGAAGAUGCUCAUGAGCAGCAGUACUUGAUGCUGAAGCGUUUAGAGGAGACCGAAAUCGACAGGGACCGUCUACUUGCUGAAUUAGAAGAACAAGAUAAACAGAUGAAAGCUGAGGAGAGCCAGACUCAGGAGCAGUUAGAUUCUCUCAGUCUGGAGUUGCAGGCACUCAGGAGAUCAUUUUCCUCUGCUGACAGAAUGGCUGCCCAACAACUGUCUGCAGCUAAGGACAAACUUCAUUCACUUCAUAGCACUAUAGAAAAAAUACAUCUGGAGAGAGCAGCGAAUGCAGAGGAGUUACAGAGCACCAAGAUUCAGGCUGCCCAAGCCAUUCAGGACUUGGCUAGUGCUGAAGCAGAAAUCCAGGUUCUCCAGAAGCUUUUGACAGAUAGGGUUCAUGAGACAGAUGGGAAUCUCCACAGUGUCCCAAACUCUAGUAUUCAACAGCAGGAAUUGGACAGAUUAAACCAAACCUUGAAAAGGCAACAAGCUCAGACCAAACGUCUCAAAGAUCAACUUACACAAGCCAAAGAAGCUAACAACGGAAAUCUAGAAGAGCUGCUGGACGAGAUUGGAGCCCUGAGGGAGACUCUUCUACAGCAGAAUAACUUCCUGUCCAGUUUAGUAGAUCCCCUGCCAAACACAGGAUAUUGGUACUAUGUACCAUCAAAUCAGAAUGCCCCUAGUUUGGGAUCUCAGGGCACGCAAGACUCUGGAUUGGGCUUUGUGCACCCUCAGUCCCCUGAGAGAGGCCGAUGGUCUGGCCACAGAGCACAAAGGGAAAAAAGACCUCCUGUUAAUGGAGGAUACUGGGUCUACUCCCCCCAUCUGCAUGCUCAAGGAAAGAGAGAUGCUCAGAUGUUCAGAGACAGUGGAAGAGAGAGCGAUAUGGAUGGGACACGCUUCACACCUCCAUCUGGCUCUGCUGGAUUUACUUUACCUGAUGGUACCGCUUUUCCUUCCGGUUCAUUUAUCUAUAGUCACCCUGUACAUGGCCUCCCCAAUGGCUCAAGUACAGUCUUCUACGGGCCACCUCCUGAUGGAGCCAGGCUGGUGUACGGACCUCCUCCCAGCAAUCUUACUAUUCCUCUGGUGCCCAGCGGGACACUGCACUGUAAUGUGCCUGGACACCAGGACUUGGAGCGUGAUCUGAAGAAGGCAGAGCGUAGGCUGAGAGAGGAGUGUGCUGAUAGAGUUCACAGUGAGGAAGAAAAGCACACACUGCAGGAAAAAACAACAGAGCUGCAGCAGGAAAUCAAACGUCUGCGCAGGACUAUCCACACACUGCAGCGCCACACGAGUGGGCUGGAAAGCACUCUAUUGCAUGCAGAGGAGGAGCAGUGUGUGCUGGGAGAGGUGGAGUGUGUGGAGAAGACCCUGCUGAAGCGCAGAGCAGAGCUCAGAGAAGCUGACAGACGACUUCUAGAGGCUGAGACAGAGCUUAAAGACACUCGAGCCAAGACUAAAGAGAGUGUUCAGCGCUACAAUGAGGCCAGGAGGCGAGUGGAAGAGACAGAACGAGAGCUGGUGGUGAUAGAACAGAGAGCUCAAGACAGCGCCACAAUGCUGGUCCAAACCAAACAACAGCUCAGGAAUCUUCAAGAGGAGGUUAAGGAGCUGCAAAAAAGGAAACAGGACCAAGAACAGACUCUACAAGAAGUAGAGGAGGUCCUCGCAUGUCAAGAUGCAAAGUUUCAAGAAGUCAACAGAAAGCUGGAUAGAGCGACUGACAGACUGGAAACUGUUGAGAAAGAGCUCAGAGAGACCCAGAGCCUUGAGGCGAAACUCCUGCAGAGCUGCAGAGAGACAGAAGACACCCUAACACAACGCAAAACUGAACUGGGCAAAGUCAACACUAAGGUGGUAUUGCAGCAGGAGGAGCUGUCUUUGCUGGACAGGAAGCUGGAGCAGUGGAAACAGGAAGAGGAGGUUUUGAGAAUUAGUUUGGAGCAGCACAGGCAGGGCCUGUUGGAUGUGCUCAGACAGGGAGAAGAGGAUGCCCAACUCUUACACCAGCGCAUUCAGGAACUCCGUGUGGAUGUGCAGUCUUUGGCCGUGCAGAAGGGAGAGCUGGACUCUCAGCUGUCUGAGAGUAAAGCCAGACUGGCACAGUACAAGAAAGAUCAGCAGCAGCAGGAGGAAACCCUGCAGAGCAUCCGUUCAGCCAUCAAAAAACACACAGCAGAGCUAAGGCAUGUGUUGGAAAUGGUCCAGUUGGAGACUGGGGAAUUAGAGGGAGUAAAGCUGCAACAUAACCAGAAACUGGACCAGCUAGAGAAGAGCCAGGAAACUCUUCUAAAGGUGCGCAUGGAACUGCAGCAUGUGCAGCAAGACCUGCAGGAGCAGCGUGGGGAGGCUGAGAGACAGAUGAACCUGUUGGAGAAAGAGAGAGCAGAGCUGCACACCCUCCAACAGAAGAGCCUUGACCUGCAACAGCAAACGGACAAAGAGAGGAGCAGCCUGCAGGAACAGUGCAGAAACCUGGAGGCCAGACGCACACAUGCUCAGAGGUGUUUGGAAACAGCAGAGAUGAAGGCAAGGGCAGCAGAAACAGAGCUGCUCAGACUACAGACUGAGCUAGACAAACUACAACAGGACCAGAAACACGCACAUGAUCUGCGUCAGGAGAUCAGCAGAGACACGGCAGCAGUGCAGCAGCAGCAUGAGGAGGAGUUGAGCAGACUGAAGAAACAGCUGGUGGAAUCUCAAACUCCGUUAGAUGAGAUCAGAGAGGAGGUGAAGGCUGCGAGAAGGCAGCGGGAAGAGCUUGUGAAGCAACAAAAGGAGCAAAAGGCUGAACUGCAGGAGAAAGAGGAGAAGAUCAGGAGGAGACAACAGAAGCUGGACCGACUAGGGCAGCAGCUGGAGGAGCUCAAGGCAGAAGUAGUCGUGAAACAGACACAACUUGAAGAACAUGAAAAGAUGAUGAGGGUACAGCAGCAGCAGAGCAUUGAUCUGGAGCAGCAGCACAGGCUGAAGCAGCAGAAGCUGCAGGCAGUAGACAGUGCUCUGGCCCUGAGGCUGAACCGGAUGGAGCAGGUCGCAGCAGCAGAAAUGGACCUGCAGAGGGAGCACAAACAGUGCACUGCACUACAAGAGCAGGUGGAUAAACUGGAGCAGAAGGUGUGUGAGCGGGACAUCAGACUCCAGCAUGCUGUUGAGGAGACCCAUCGCCUGCAAGAGGCUCUGCUUUCUGAUAGGACAAACGCUGAGGGACGUCAGGAGGCCCAGAGUAACCACAGCCACACAAAUAGGCAAAAACUGCAGGGAGUGGAAAAGGAGCGUGUACGGCUGCAAAGGGACCUGCUGACUGUGGAAAAAGCUGCUAAAGAAAACCAUAAACAAGCCAGAAUGCUGCAGGAACAGCUCAGCACCAUUUCCCAAGAGCUGCUCUGCCUCAAAAACACGCUGCAGAGCCAAGAGGAAGGAAAUACUCGGCUAUGCCAGAUUAAGGACAGUUUGCGUUCUGUGAGGUCACAGAUGAAAGCAGAGCUUGACAGUGGGGUGAGGGAGCUGGAGUCGCCCUCUAGUGUCUCCUCAGACACAGACAGCCUGAAAGAGAACCAUCCAAGUGUUACGUUCUCCUUGGGGAAUCCAGCAUACAACACUAAGGAUGAACAGUGGCGAGGGGAAGCACUGAGGGAAAGACUAAGGCAGCAGGAGGACCAUCUGAAGGUUGGAGUUAAACUCUGCACAACGUCGUCCGUCCAGGAGCAGAAUUAGACACCCAUGUGAUAAGGUUCAACUGCGCAGUCGCAUGUUUUCCCAGCAAGAGGCUCUGAGUCAGCGCAGACUGCAGACUGAAGGCAGCAUUCAGGGUCUGCGCAGACAUGUUGACAAACUGGACCAGCUCCUCAGCAACUCUUCCAAAGACUCCUCUUAUUUGAGUGACCUGGAAGCCAAACAUGCCAAUUUAAGGGAUCCGAAACAUUGGUCCACUGGCACUUCUGUAUUGACAUAAGCAAAUAUUUGCAUAUACUAAACCAUGCAGCAUUUAUAAAGAAGGAGCUAUCUUCCAUUAUCAGAUUAUGAAAGCAGGUGGUUACAAAUGAGCUGUUCGAUUAAACCCGCAUCAACAAGAAAAGGGUACACAGAGACCAUUGAGCUAAAUCCACAAGACAGUCUCAAUGACUUCCUGCUUUGGUUAGGGCAGAGACUGGAAGGAAAAAAAAAAAGGUUUGCAUCAGCACUUUCCAUAGACAAACAAGGACAAUGAACCUUGAGGUAAAAAUAAGAUGGUGAAAGUUCAUUCUCUACCUCUGAUUUGUUAUUGCUUUAUGAAAUUAUUUUUAACAAGACUGUUACGUGCCUUUUGUUCAUGUUAAAGCAGACAAUGUCUUGUUAAUGUUUACAGUUGAAACUGAUGCAGGAAGGAAGGUUUCGUGUUUCAUCAUGUACAAAAACAGGUUGUGCUCUGGAAUGAAUUAGUUAGUUUUUACAUGACUUGUCAAAAAUGAUCUUGUAUUCAAAACCAAGAUAUGCAGGGUAUUUAUUACAGCACUUCUCUUUAUAUACAGUUUGUCUCAAAUGAAAUACAAUUUAAAGCGAGUGUGCAAUACAAUAGCCUUGUUUCUUGUCCAGUUUCUCAUGUUCCAAGAUGUAUGUCAUUAUUGCUCAUAUACAGUGUGAUCAAUCGUGUAUGUGGACAAAAACUCAGUCUACAGUAUUGUCUUUAUUAACAUAAUUACAAAUAAAAGUCACUUACAGUCAGAAGACA